AUGGAACUUAAGAAAGACCUAUCUCAUGGGAUACUCUACCAGACAAGUGACACUGAUCAAGAAAAGAACUAUGAGCCAGUUGUCAUUGGAUCUUGGUGUUUACGAAAUAGAGAACAACUCAAAAAAAGAAAACUGGAAACACAAAAGAAGCAAAUGUUACAAAGGCACCUUGAAGAACACAAGAUUCACAAGAGAAGGAGAUCAAGGAAUGCAAAUAAAAAGGGUUUAAAUAAACAACAGUGUUCAAAAACAAAUGCUGAACCUCUAUUACAAGUAGAAAAGGCAUCGCAGGUGACACCUGCCCGGAAAGAAUCUCAGUACUCUGAAACAGAAGCCCUUCCACAUUUAACUUCAUCUCCAAAAGACCUUCCUGAAGAAUAUUCUUUUGAAAUACACCAGGAAAGCUAUAUAUGUGGGGAAAAUUCUGCUAGAUACCAUGAUACAGCAGUAAUGAACUUUUUUUCUGAAAUAGACCAAUAUUUGACUGGACCUGAAGACUUUCUUCUCAACAUAGAGCAAAAAUCACCUGAAUCAGAGAAAAUCACUUUUGAGCAACACCUAAAAUCAUCUAUGCCUGAAGACUUCUUCACCUGUCUGGAACUCCUACCUACAGCUGAAACAAACGGAGCAGAUGAACCUGAUUACCUUUUAAGUGAGAUUUGCAAAGAAAUCACUGUACCCACAGCUUCUUACGAUGAAGUAACUGAAGUAACACCUAAGCCUGAAGUAAACUCACUUGAAAGAUGUCAAGAAAUAUGUGGAGAUGAGAAAUGCUCACCUGAAGCUUACCAGGAAAUGCCUGGGAUUGAAGACCUUUAUAAUAAAAGACAUCAGAAGAGUGAUGAACAUUAUGACUGCUUCAUAGAAGAAAUUCAAGGAACUGAUACAUCUGAAGACCAGGACACUGGUAUACACCAGAAAGUUAACACUUAG